ACCAAGUUGUUUCAGUCGGAUUCAUUUGAGCGCUGCACAAAACAUGGAGGAUAGUGGUAACUUGCAAAGAAGGCUCUCAUGAUAACAGUUGCAUUUUAGCCAGAUGAUGAUGUAUUAUUUGUAUUGUUCCAUCGUUAACUAAUAAAAAUAUUUUAAUUCCGUAUGAGGCUGUGCUGUGAGUGUGAUCACAGUUCCAGGCAGGUCUGAGAUCUGCAGGGGAAAAUGUCUUGUCUCCGGCUGUGCUUGUGGCUUCAGCCUGGGACUGAAGUUCGUACUGUCUUCCGGCGGAGUGUCCAUCAACUUGCUUCUCUUCAGAAAGCCACAGCUCUUCCCCCAAAGAAAGUCCAAAGUUUACUUUACCCCUUCAGUGAGCUGGAGGCGUACCUGGACAGGUCUGUGGACAGGACACAGUUCCAGCUCUUUCAUCCCUGUUUGGAGGACAUGGUUAAAGCAGAAAAGUUCUUCUGCUCCUCACCUUCUCAUAAGAUUCAUUACCACAUCUCUGCAGAGAGGAUGGACCACAUUCCUGCUCUGAAACAGCCAGAGGUGUGUUUCAUCGGCAGAAGCAACGUGGGCAAGUCGUCUCUCAUCAAAGCUCUGUUCGCCCUGGCUCCUGAGGUCGAGGUCCGAGUCUCCAAAACUCCAGGUCACACAAAGAAGAUGAAUUUCUUCAGAGUGGGCAAAGCUUUCACCAUCGUUGAUAUGCCAGGAUAUGGUCACCGAGCACCUAAAGACUUUGUGGAUAUGGUGGAGCCGUACAUUUACACAAGGACAAAUCUGGUGAGGACGUUCCUGCUGGUCGAUGGCAGCGUUGGUCUUCAGAAUACUGACCUGAUUGCCCUGCAGAUGUGUGAGGAGAUCAGAUGUCCAUAUGUGCUGGUGGUGACAAAGAUCGACAAAUGCGGACACGGAAAGCUGCUGACAAACUUACUGAAUCUUGUGGAGGUGGUUAAAACCGAGACCACAAGCUGCUUCCCCCAGCCGUUCCUGGUCAGCAGCUCCCUGCAGUUUGGGGGCGUCUACCUCCUGAGAAGCUUCAUCGCCCACGUAACAGGGAGCAUCAGGUUCACGGACACCUCACAGAGACCAGAGGCCAGCUUAGCUUAGCAGAGCACAUCUGGGACCUGCUAAGUUCCACACACAUCUGGGUCCACAUACAUCCAGACAGCCGCUUCACAGACUUUUAUUUUCUAAUAAAAAGUAAAACUCUC